AAGCAGAAGCAGAAAUGGAGAAUGAACCGAAUCUUUGGCCAACUUUGAUCUAUUGGAAAGGAGUAGAAGACUGGAGAAUGGAUCAAGAACUUAAGUUUGUAGAAUUUGAGAAUAGUUUGGAUGUGUUGUGGAAGCAGAUUGAUUGGGUAGAAAAGAAUGUAUCAGAAUCUUUAUCUGUCGCACAACAAAAAACAGCUAAAAAGCUCCUGCAAAAAAUAGCUCGACGGGCCUCAGCAUUCAAGUACCUUUAUGGAAAGAAAGAUCUCCAGGUCUCCAAAUAUAAUACAGAUAAAUUAACAAAUUCAUUAAUGGAUAAUGACAUCCAUUCACCUGAACUAUCGGACCCUGGUAAGGCUACGGAUGAGAGAGGACAAUUGUAUGUUAAUGUUCAUGGCCUAUCUUGGAGGUUAAGUGAGAUAUAA